CAGUUGCUCGCCAGAGCUUCGACUAAUUGUCAGUGCGGAAUAAAAUUAUUAAUUAUUAUCAAAACAAGCAAGCCAACAACCGAAAACAAAAAAACAACAUCAAAUCCAAAUCAAACCGAAAAAAAAACUCAAAACAUGUAUUAGAACUCAAACAAUGGAAUCAAUUAAGUCACUAUUUUGAAAUUUGUUUAAACGCGAGACAUUCUACGGAAGUGCGGUAUAUUGAAAACAUUCGAGUGUUCAGCGGUAAUUCGGUAUUUCCAUUGAGUGUUUGUUGGCAAACUAAUUUGAAGCGAAAAGCCAACGUAAACCCAGAUCAUCAUGGUCUAUGAAUCGUCCUACGAAAGUGGACGGCAGCCGUUUUUGCCCGACACCAAACGUGGCAAUUGGCUGAACCCUCAGGAUUUCAUUUAUGCCGGCAUAAGUUUGGUAUUUCGAAUUGAUAUUAUUUCGAUGUCUCUGCUGGCAUCAUUCGAUACUGGAGUUCUUGUCCUAAUUCCGGUCUAUCUCUUGGGCAUGGUUAUCUACACUGUGCCCCUUAUGGUGUUACAAUCCUACAUGGGACAAUUUUCCAGCAGCGGAUUUAUAUCAGCAUUUCGACUGUCUCCAAUAUUUAAAGGUAUUGGCUUUGUUUCACUUAUAACGAACAUAUUCAUUCUGGCCUAUCACAGUAUUUUUGCCAUGGUACCGCUGCUCUAUAUGUUCGCCUCAUUCAAUCCCACACUGCCAUGGAGUUGCGAGGGUUUUAAGACAUGGGCGCAAAAUCUCACAGAAAGUGAGGAAAUAAAUAUAUGCAAUGUAUACAUACGUAAUGAAACCGAACCAGAUAUCAGCGCAAAUGAUACGUCCAGUAAUGAUACGUCCUCGUAUGUGUUUAUCAAUCACCAUAUACCAUCGGUAUUGUAUUUUCAAUAUCUGUUCCAUGACCUGAAAGUGUUCCGCUAUGAUGACUUUGAUUUUUCAAUGAGUUGGCAGUUGAUAUUGUGCGCUCUGAUGGUAUGGGCCAUUAUAGCUGUAAUUGUCUACAAAUUCUUUCAGACCGAAGUGAUAGGAACAAUUGUACGUUACUCUGUUCUGGUGGUUAUAGGUCUCAUGGUUUUCUUUUUGAUUGCCUUCAGUUUUCUACCCGGCUCGGGCCAUGUUUUCAGUCACUUAUUUACGAUGCGGUGGCGAGAUAUUGUAACGGGUAUCAUAACAAUACCCAUGCAUGGCAUGGCGGCAUUUGGACCCGGUUGGGGCAUAUUCCUGACACUGUCCAGUUUUAACAAAUUUCGCACAAAUGUCAUCAAACAAAGUUGUCUAAUUGCCCUGGGACAAUUUGUGGUGAUGAUCGGUCUGGACUUUUUGACCAAUUUGAGUGAGACAUUUUUCUCAGAAAAGACCAACGGCGACUAUUAUGCCCAAGUGGAGCACAUGUGGAUUUUGUAUUUGUCAACGGGUAGUGUUUUGACACACUUUCCCUGGGCUAAUUUGUGGUCGAUUAUUUUCUAUUUCAUGUUGUUCUGGUCGAGUGUGUUGUUAAUGAUUCUCCAGUUGCAUACCAUUCUUACCUCAAUUCUGGAUGAGUUCGAUUUCCUUCGAGAGAAAAAACUUCAGGUGGCCUAUGGUUUGAUAGGUUUCUUGGCAGCGGUUUCCAUCUACUUCACUUCAAAUCAUGGCCUGACUUAUUUCUCGGCUCUGGCCAUCGAUACAUAUAACACACAAACUGCCAUAAAUCUGUUGCUGAUUUUGAUAGUACUCUGGAUCUAUGGUCGAGAACGGUUCCAGAGAGAUUUCGAAUUUAUGACGAGCCAUCGUUUUUCCACCUGGAAUGUGUAUAUUUUACGAUUUGUGGCACCACUGGGCAUGGUCUUGGCCUUGAUCGGUGGCUUCUUUAUAUCGCAUUAUGAACAUAAAAUCACUUCACUUGUCAUCGAUGUAUGUGCCAUAAUUUUUAUAGCCAUUCCAUGGCUGGGAAUACCCGGCUUUGUCAUUUAUCAAAUGUCUCGUUCGAUGGGUUCGUUAAAAAUGCGUUUCCUACGUUGCUGCCGCCCCACAGAUUGGUACCCCGUCGAAGCUGAGGAGAAACAAAAGUAUGAACAGCUGGUGGGUAGUGUGGAAAUAACUCAGACACUGAGUGAACUGAAAGAUGAGGAAGUCAUUUGAGAGCAUAAAAACCGCCCACGAGAGUGAUUUGUUAUUUAUUCUAAAUUUUGUGCAAUAAUUGUUAAAAUAGUUAAAUACCGAAAUAAAAGCUUUAGACGUAUCCUUA